UUAAGCGGGCAUUUGUCUACACACCAGAUGACGAGACUAGCGACCGAGAGGCUAUUCUUGCCUUUCUCAACGGCAAAGAUAUCGGCUGUCUACGACGGAGAAGCAAGAAAGCGGAUAUAAGAAGCCUCUGGUCAGAACUCCCAGGUAAUAUCGCGAUGAGCAAGACGCGACUCGCAACUGGGGUUAAUGGCCGCUAUGUGCUUCAGAAAGCAGAUGGCGCCGCUCUCGACCAGAAGCAGCUCAUUAGGAGUAUUAAACAGCAUAUGGCGGAAUGGCAGCGGGAGGUGUGGAAAGAACAGGUGGAUCAAGGAAAAUCGGUGGCUUACCAGACGGCGGAUAGUAACGCGUUUCUACGGGGGCCGUCUCGUCUGAAGCCCGAAGACAUCAUCUUCGCCAUCAGGGCGAGAUCUGCGCAGCUCCCCACACGGCAAUACCUCAAACGAAUUGGGGUAACAAAGCUAGCCCGUUGCCGCCAUUGUACAGCUGACCCUGAAACCCUCGCGCAUAUCCUCAACCACUGCCCGCACAGUAUGGACAGCAAAAUAAAAAUGCGCCACAACAAAGUACUGGAGCGGAUAACAACGGCCAUUACACAAAGCGCAGUCAACAGGGGGAAAACCUUACUGAUCGAUAAGUGCCCGGAUGAUAUGGAAACACGAUUGAGACCAGACAUUAUUCUGCGCGACGAAAAGUCAAAGACAAUGACAAUCGCAGAUGUCGCGAUAGUCUUUGAAGACUACAGGAAAAACUCGUUCGGCUCCUCCGCCAUUCACAAGGAGGAGAAGUACAAGGAUCUCAAGACCCACUAUGAGUUUUGUGGGUACCGGGUAUCAGUGCAUGCGCUAGUAUACGGCUCGUUGGGCUGUAUAGCGCAAGACAAUAGAAAGGUGCUUACACAAGAUCUAGGCAUUGCCGAACGCACCGCAUGGGUAUUACAACGCAUCAUCAGCACUGACUGUAUCCGACACAGUAAUCAGAUCUGGGGUUUUCACGUGGCUGACAAUCAAGGCGAGCGCGAGGAGGCAAUCGCUCUUGCGCGGCCAACACGCUGUGAUGAAUACACUAAUGAUGCACUAAUACACUAA